AUGUCUCUAGAUGAAGAAACCCUAGAGACCGCCGCCAAUGGCGGCUUGAUGGACUUGGAGAAAUGGAACACAAUGGUUGAACCGUUGGUUGAACGAUUGGAACAUAUCGUCUUCAACGUCUUCCCCAUGCCUCAGGUCCCUCCUCAAGCGACAGUCUCAGCUGCUCCACUCCCCCAGGACUCCGGGUCAGAAUCAAUUCCUCCUACCAGCGGUAGUAAUAAAGAGAACGCCACCCCGGCCGAUCUCCAGACUCCGCCGCGACCCCGACCCACGGCCUCGUCGCUUUCAUCUUCGACCGAACGAGUGCCAGACUCCCAGCCAGAACCGUCUGACGAACCGGCAACGGACGCAGCCUUGCCCGCCCCGCUCCUCCUCUUAUUAGACUCCGUUCGAUCGAACUUGCGGACACUGUUCGCCUCGAAACCCCCUCAUACGAUCCAGAGACUCGCAGAGCUGAUCCUCCUUCCCACUGCGCAUUACCGAACCCUUCCCGCUUACCUCCGGGCUGUCGACCGCGUCGUCUCGGUGACCAGUAGCGCCGAUGUGUUCCCGCUCCAGGUGCAAGAGGCUACGAGCCAGCCCAAUGGCGUGAUGAACGGUGGAGAAGGUAGCUUCCUACUGCCAGACCAUGCCUUGGGGAGCGAUGAAUCUUUGGGCGGCGCUCUUCUCACACCAAUCCCGUGGUUGAGAAAUGCUGCAUCGCCAGGGGUGGAAGAUGCGGCCCUCGAGACCGAAGGUGACGAAUCGGUCUUCGCAGUUGCCCCUGAGCAGCCUAUCCAGCAAGAGUCAGAGUCGGCGGCUGAUCCGACGCAAGAAACCACCCUCCCUCCUCAAUCAGUCCCGUCCACGAUAGAGAACCAAGCCAUGGAAGGCACGGGCUCUCCGCCGGUCGACGCCUCGGAAGACGUACCGCACGCGCGAGGCCCACGGACCCUAGGCGUAGAGGAUUUGGGCCUCCAGGACGGCAAGGGCGUCAAGAUGACACUUCCAGCCGCCGAAGACAACUCUAACAAGCAAUCCGACGACCAGCAAGAGCCGUCCGGCCAACCGGUUCCUGACAACGACACCAAACAAGCGGCCGACAAGGAGAAUGCCGACGGCGACGGAGACAUCGUCCUCGGGGACAUUCAGGGAGCGGGAGAACAACCGGCAGCGUCGGCUGAGAACCAAAAGUCAAACCAGUAG